AUGAAGGUCGCCGCCCUCGUCUCCCUGGUCGCAUCUGCCGCCGUCGGCCUCGCUGCCGCCGACGGACUCAAGAUUGACGUUACCCUGCCCGUUGAUUGCGACCGUAAGACGCAGAAUGGCGAUAGAGUGUCAAUGCAUUACAGGGGCACCCUGGCCGAGUCGGGCAACAAGUUCGAUGCCAGCUACGACCGGAACCAGCCGCUCACCUUCAAGCUUGGCAGCGGGCAGGUCAUCAAGGGAUGGGACCAAGGCCUUCUUGACAUGUGCAUAGGCGAGAAGCGCACUCUGACAAUCCCACCCGAGCUCGGCUACGGCCAGCGUGCGAUGGGCCCCAUUCCGGCCGGUUCGACCCUUGUGUUUGAAACGGAGCUCGUGGCCAUUGAUGGUGUCCCCAAGCCGGACAAGAUCAAGACGAAGACAGCCAGCGCCGAGGGUGUUGCCGAGAAGGUUGCCAGUGCCGCGGCCGAUGCGGCCGAUGCGGCCAAGACAUUUAUUGCCGACACCGACGACGUCCAAGGCCACGAGGAGCUGUAG